CUUCGUUACUCUCCCUCUACGUGUCCAACAGCAGGCCAGCACUCCUCCUUUGCUCAGUAUGUCUAACCCUACCAAAACAGAGAAUGUGUCCACCUUGGAGACUGCCAUGCAGCUGAUGAUCCAGACCUUCCAUAAGUAUUCUGGAGACGAGGGUGACAAAUACACCCUGAGCAGAGCAGAGCUCAAAGUGAUGCUCUCUGCAGAGCUGGGCAACUACCUGGGGAAUGCCCAGGACAAGGAAGCAGUGGACAAGGUGAUGGGGGACCUGGAUGCCAACAAUGAUGGAGAGGUGGACUUCACUGAGUUUGUUAUCCUGGUGGGGGCGCUCACCGUCGCCUGCAACGACUUCUUCCUGGAGUACAAUGACAAGGGGGAGAAGAAGUGAACACAACACACACACGUACACUCACACAUAUCUAUACUCUCUCUCUCUCUCUCUCUCUCACUCACUGAGGAAAGGAGGACGAUUUAUGAGACAUCUCCACUCAAAUCUUGGCUAGGCUUAAUGUCUACUGUUUAAUAACAGAGACCUACACACACCAUUACAUACCACACACAUGCACACACACACUCUGAGAUGGUCAUAGAUGCAUCGUGGCACACUGGGCAGUGUGUUUUUGUGUUUAGUGUGUGUGCCAUCUUAAUCCAAACCAAACUCAACACACAGAAGUUUAUUCCAGAGUAAAAAUGUGGAGUUUAAAUCAUCAUUAAUAACAGUCAUUGUUGAAUAUGUGAAUAUAAUUUCUCUAUGUUUUCAUUUGUUUUGUAAACUCCCUGUUCAUUUCUCAUUCAUUGUUAAACUGUUCCUCCUCGAUAGAAUAAACCUGACAUUUAACCAAA